AUUUUACACGUAUUUGUAUUGGACCACAACGCCACUAGUUGGUCAAAGAUGUGAAAUUUGAAACUGGUUUCUUCGAGUGAUCCGUAGUUCCGCAGCGCAAUUUUGUGCUAGACGAAUUUGUCAAUGGUUUAACCUUUCUCUGCCGGCCGGCAUCUUUGGAAAUAUAGUCUUGGUGUUUUUGAUUCUGCCAAAAAGUGACACAAGGCCGUCAAAAUGGCUAAGGCUGGUGCUCGCCAGGGCUGGUGCGCAGUCCUUUGUCUGCACAUGACGUGGUUGUUCAGCACGGGUCUCAUCAAGGGUUUAGGGGUGAUGUUGCCGUCCCUCGUCGAGCAGUUCUCAGCCCCGACGUGGGUUAUUGGCUGGAUGGUGACCAUCGUCAGUGGUGUUGCCUGCUUCACAGGUCCUCUGACGGGAGUUUUAAAUGCAUGGUUUGGUCCACGCAUUGUGGUCGUGGCCAGUGGUAUGGCGGCAGGAACCGCCAUGGUCGUCUCUUCUUUUACAACUGAUGUUCUCCAGAUGACGUUAAUCCUUGCCCUAGUUGCUGGACCUGGUUUAGGUAUUUCCUUGAUUCUAACGAGAACCUUGGUUGGUAUGCAUUUCACUGACAACUACGCGACGGCCAAUGGUAUCGGGAGUUCUGGUCAUGCCGUUGGUCUGGUUCUUAUUGCACCCUUCACACAAUUGCUGCUGGAUACGUACGGGUGGAGAGGCGCCAUGCUCCUUCUCGGAGGGUUGUCCAUGCAUCUUGCGCCGUGCGGUGCUUUAUUGCGAACUCCGCCAAGAGAGACGCAUUCGUACGAAGCACUUCCCGCUUCGGAACACGAUCAGCGUGUUAGUCAAGCACACAGCGCAGACAAGAAGACCGCGUGCUGUAAGCGUAAGGAUGACAUCUUGGCUCGAUUCGGAUGCUCCGUUUGUCUGCGCAUCGCUUAUUGGCGAGCGGCCAUUGUUCUCAUCUGUUUCCGCUUCGUGCCAGCUCUCUGGGUGGUGUAUUUUGUCUCGCACGCCCAGGCUAAGGGUUUUUCAGCGUAUGACGCGGUAAUGUUCACUACAGCCGCCGGAGCGGGUAGCUUCGUGUGCAAGAUCGCGUCGGGUCUCGUGGUAGACCGAGGCCUCAUGAGCCUACGAUGGGCUAUGUCGUUAUGCAUCGUGGUUGCGUCAUCCACUCUGAUCUGCAUUAGCUGGACCAACUCCUACUGGUCGAUGAUGGUCAGUGCCUUCUGCCAUUAUGGCGCCAAUGGAGCCGUGGGGUCAUUCUGCGAUAUUUACACCAAGGAAUUGCUUGGAGUCGAACACCUUGGCUCUGCUAUGAGUUGGAUGGAGCUGAUGGCGGCCGUAUUACAAUUGGCUUUUGGAUUCUUUCCAGGUUGGAUAUACGACCAGACCAGAAGCUUCGACUUAGCCUUUGUUAUCAUGGGAGGUAUACAGGCUCUGCCGUUGGUGUCGCUGUUUAUGGAGUGGGUCAUGAAGAGACGUCAACAGAGGGCGUGAUUUGCUCCUUGACCGGUAUUGCCUUGACGAAACUUGAGGCAAAGUAGUCUUGUGGUGCCUACCCUACGCUAAAAUCCAUUCAACUAGCUGACGUUUGCGUGUGCACCAUCUGCUUCCUGUCCAGAAAUGCAAAGGGCCUACGACAAAGGUGUAAACGAAUCCUAACAUUGUCCGGUUGUUGGGACCUUACAGAGCAUGCAGGGAGAGUAAACAUAAUG